CUAUAUGUAGGACCUUAGAGGAUCAGGACCUUAGAGGAUCACUAUUAAAUGUGGCGUGAUUUUAGGGGCUUAAAUUUGGAAAAAGAGAAUUGGAAAAGAGAGGGAGUCGAUCUCUACGGCUAUAUUUUUUAUUCAAAUUCAAAUUUCCCGCAUAUUUCUGAUAGCCCAUCUAUCAUAAGAAAACCAGAGCUUCGACAUGAAGCAGGCUUACCAGUAUAUAAGGCAACGAUGUGUUCAUACUUUGCUCCAAGAAAACACUUCACAACUCUAUGGCUCAUUGACCCGAGGAGCUCACCCCACCUCUUGUUUUGGAACCAACCUUAUUUUGGAUGAGCUCGCCAAAUCUGGUGAAAUUGAAGAAGCUCGUAAAAUGUUUGAUGGAAUGGACCAUAGGGAUGAGUUCUCUUGGAAUACCAUGAUCUCUGGCUACGCGAAGUUGGGUAGGUUAGAUGAAGCUCAGAGGUUGUUUGAAGCAAUCCCAAAGAGGGUUUCAGCGACAUGGUCUUCAAUUAUUUCUGGUUAUGCUCGCUAUGGGCUUGGGCAUGAAGCUAUGGAGAUGUUCUAUAGGAUGCAAUUGGAUGGGCUGAGGCCUGAUCAAUACACUUUCGGCGGUGUUCUGAGAGCCUGUGCUGCUGGUUCUGUGGUCACACGUGGCGAACAGGUCCAUGCUUAUACAAUCAAAACCAGUUUAGAUAUGAAUGUUUUUGUGGUAACGGGUCUCGUUGACAUGUACGCGAAAUGCAAGAAAAUAGGAUGCGCUCGCUAUCUUUUUGACAAUAAUCCAGAGCGCAACAUGGUCCUAUGGACUGCCAUGCUCACAGGGCACACUCAGAAUGCAGAGUGCCAAAAGGCUGCAGAGAUCUUUUGUGAGAUGCAAAUGGCUGGGGUCAAGUCUAACCAAUUCACAUUCCCAAGUAUCCUUAGUGCUUGCGCUGCCCUGCGCUCUAAGGAACUUGGACUCCAGGUUCAUGCUUCCGUACUUCAAACUGGUUUUUCCAUUAAUGUUUUCGUUCAAAGCGCUCUGAUCGAUAUGUAUUCGAAAUGUGAUGAUUUGGCUAGUGCUCAAAGAGUGCUUGAUGGCAUGGCAGUUGCAGAUGAAGUGUCAUGGAAUAGCCUUUUAGGUGGGUAUGUUAAGCACCAGCGAGAAGAAGAAGCUCUAUUACUUUUCAAGGAAAUGCACAUUAGAAGCUUAAGAAUAGAUGAUUUCACCUUCCCUUCCGUUCUCAAUGCAUGUGCUUCUCUCAUUGAUCUAAAACAGGGGAACUGUGCUCAUGCCAUGAUUGUGAAAACUGGUUUUGGUACUUGUAAGCAUGUGGGCAAUGCUCUUGUGGAUAUGUAUGCAAAAUGUGGGAGCUUAGAGUGCGCAUCUCGAGCCUUAGAGGGCCUCCCUGGACCCGAUGUCGUCUCGUGGACAUCAUUACUAACAGGAUACACCCACCAUGGCCUCCAUGAAGAAGCUCUCAAGCUCUUUUGCGAGAUGAGAAUCGCAAGGGUCAAGCCAGACGAAUUUGUCAUUGCGAGUGCCCUGAGUGCUUGUGCUGGCUUAUCAGUUCUCGAAUUGGGUCAACAAUUUCAUGCCAUUUUUGUCAGAUUAGGUUUUGGGUCCUCCUUGUCCAUUGAUAAUUCACUUGUGACCAUGUAUGCAAAGUGUGGUUGCAUAGAGGAUGCUCACCUGGUUUUCGAUUUGAUGUUAAUAAGGGAUGUGGUUUCUUGGACUGCCCUAAUCGUGGGUUAUGCUCAAAAUGGGAGAGGAAAGGACGCACUUAGUCUUUAUGAGCAGAUGAUCCUCAAUGGUGACAAACCUGACUAUAUCACUUUCAUAGGUGUAUUCUUCGCAUGUAGCCAUGCUGGUCUUUUGGAAGCUGGGCGCCAACAUUUCAAAUCAAUGCAUAAAGCCCAUAACAUAAAACCAAGGGCCGAGCACUAUGCGUGCAUGAUAGAUAUGCUCGGAAGAGCUGGAAAAAUCCAGGAAGCCGAGAGUUUGCUCAAUGAGAUGAGUGUGGAACCAGAUGCAACAGUUUGGAAAGCUUUGCUUUCAGCCUGCCGAGUUCAUGGGAAUGUCAGGCUUGCUGAGAAGGCAGCGAAAAGCCUAUUCAAAUUAGAGCCCGAUAAUGCAGUCCCCUACGUUAUGCUCUCGAAUAUCUACUCAUCAGCUGGAAAGUGGGAUGAUUCUGCAAAGAUUAGGAGACUAAUGAAAGAGAGAGGGGUUACUAAAGAGCCAGGUUGUAGCUGGAUUGAGGUGGAUAAUAUGGUUCAUGCUUUCUUGGUCGAAGAUAGAGGCCACCCUAAGAUAGCAGAGAUAUAUGCCAAAGUCGAGGAGAUUUUGGGUCUCAUCAAGAAAGAAGGGUAUGUUCCUGAUAUGACUUUCGCUCUCCAUGAUGUUGAUGAAGAGGGGAAGGAGCUUGGGCUUGCUUCUCACAGUGAAAAGUUGGCACUCGCUUUUGGCCUUCUAAGUUUGCCAGCUGAGAAACCAAUAAGGAUUGUGAAGAACCUUCGUGUUUGUGGAGAUUGUCACUCUGCGAUUAAGUUUGCCUCUAGAGUUUAUGCAAGGAAGAUCAUUGUGAGAGAUUCCAAUUGCUUCCAUCACUUUCAUGGAGGGUUUUGCUCUUGCAGAGACUACUGGUAAAUCAUCACGUUUGAAUCAUGUCUUAAAUUUUUCGAGUUGACAUUGGUUGUAAUUUAUUUCAUUAAAUUGGCUCAGUUAGUUUAUUUCAUUAUAUGUUGGGUUUAUUG